CCGUCCCAUGAUAGAGAAGCAUAGAGUUCUGAGAAGCGUCCGCGAAUCAUCUCCGUCGCCAUGGGUCUCCCCAGACAGAAGCGUGAGCAGCUGUGCACCUGGGUCUCCAUGGAUCUACUUCCGCCCAUCGGCUGUGUGCUAUCUACACAAAGGUGGUGGGAGAUCGAGACGGGUGCGGCCCCGGCUCCGAAGCGGCCAGUGAUUGCCGUCGGUACAAUUAGAACAAGCUCCAACCACGUCCCCUUCGUUGCCAUACUCAUGAGAAUAUCUCAAGCUAGAAUCAUAGCAUUACUUUUACCAUUUACCAAAGCGCACACUUCCAUCAUAACAGCUCAGAAUGAAGACACCCAUAGGACUUUUUGCCGUCAGGCGUCCGUCGGGUACCUCAACAAUGGUUAUCAGAUCAGACAGGCGCACCUACGGGAAACCAACCAGGCCCAGACUUGGGGUCGCCAACUCACCACAAGCGGCGAUAUCGGGGGCGAGCGACACCACUCCCUUGGUUCAUAAUCCGACCGCAUCACGAGCGCCCGUGGAAGGUUCCCCUCUGUCGGGUUUGUCGACGGGCACACUGCUCAGGUCGUUGCUCAUCACCACAAUCUCGUCCCACCGCCUCCUCCUCAUCCCGGCGCUCAAGACCCUGUCGUUCCUCGCCAAGCCGGGACGGCCGGCGAUCCUCAGCGUCGACCGGAACCCGGUGCUGCACGCCAUCUUGCGCAAAACGUUUUACGACCAGUUCUGCACGGGGGAGACGGCAGCCGAGACGCGGGCGUGCGUGCAGCGGCUUAAGGGCCUGGGGUUCCGGGGUAUCAUCCUGACGUACGCAAAGGAGACUGUGUUUGACCACCUGACGCAGUCGGCCGUCGAGCACGGCAAAGUCUCUGGCGCGUCGGUUGGCGGGUUCGAUGCCGACAUUGAGGAUUGGAAGAGAGGCACACUGGAAACCGCGGCGCAGAUUGAGGAAGGGGACUUCCUCGCCAUCAAGUUGACCGGGGCAGGCCGUGCUGUCACUUCCGCUUUUGCAGCUGAUGAGCUGCCGCCGAAGCAAAUGCAAGACGCCCUGCACGAGAUAGCCACGACCUGCAAGCAACGCGGUAUCAAGAUCAUCGUUGACGCAGAGUCGACCCAUUUUCAGAGGACCAUCGACAGAGUCACGCUGGAGCUCAUGCGUCGGUUCAACAGGGAAGGGACCGCUGCUGUUUACAACACCUACCAGGCCUACCUCAAACACACGCCUGACAACAUCGCCAAUCACCUCUCCGAGGCGGCCAAGGAUGGAUUCACUCUGGGUCUCAAGCUUGUAAGGGGAGCUUACAUCCUUUCCGACAACAGGGCGUUGAUCCACGACACGAAGGAGGACACCGAUGCGGCGUACAACUCCAUCUCCCAAGGCGCUGUCAAGAGACACAUUGGGGACUUCGGCGGCCAGGACCCCGGGUCCAAAGCCUUCCCCUCGGUAGACCUGCUUCUCGCGAGCCACAACAAGGAGAGCCUCUUCGCCGCACUGGAGCUCCACCAGGAACGCCUGAGGAGCAACCUGCCCACGGUGCCUAUCUCCUUCGGCCAGCUCCACGGCAUGUCGGAUGAGGUCAGCUUUUCGUUGCUUCGGGCCGGGAGCCCGAGAGACGGCCUGGAAGGGCCGAGCGUAUACAAGUGCUCGACGUGGGGGACGAUGGGCGAGUGUCUGGCGUAUCUGCUGAGGAGGGCGGUGGAGAACCGGGACGCGGUGCUGAGGACGACGGACGAGCACCGCGCUGUCAAGAGCGAGUGUUUGAGGCGGAUAAGCUCAGUCUUCUCCGUCUAGAUUGCGGCUGGUGCAACGGCGACGGGAGAUUCGAGAUUCAUAACAUUUCGUCCGAAAGCAUAAGCAUGCUGUCAGUAUCCAUAGCGAAGUGUGCUUUACUUUUCUAACAGUCACCUGAUGCACAUGAUUACGAGCUGUAGGUACGCAUUUCCUGGUAUACGUUCAAACCUCGUUAUCAAAGCACCCUUUACCAUAAGCUAGUGCCACAGUCCUUGUCUGCUUAACAUUGUUUGGCAUAUUGGAGUCAGUUCAAUGGUUUACGCAUGGGAGACUAUCACUUGAUGUUGAUACCGUGACGGCGAAGUGGCCACAAAGUAGCUUUCUCGGGACGACAAACAAGCGCUCGACUUGAGGGCGGUGUUGAAUUAGUUCGCUGUUUCGACCGAAGUC